ACCUGGUGUACAAAGUGUUUCCCCAAGAGACCAAAGACUCCCACGUGCUGGUGAGGGCGAAGCCAGAGCAGCCACUGCAGAACUUCACCGUUUGCCUGCGGUCCUACACCGACCUGACCCGGCCCCACAGCCUCUUCUCCUACGCCACCAAGGCGCAGGACAAUGAGAUCCUCCUCUUCAAGCCCAAGCCCAGUGAGUACCGGUUCUACCUGGGGGGCAGGUUUGUGUCCUUCGGCGUCCCCAAGAGCAUCGCGGCGAGCGAGCACGUCUGUGCCAGCUGGGAAUCCACCACCAGCAUCGUGGGCCUUUGGCUCAAUGGGAAGCCCUGGCCGCGCAAGGGGCUGCAGAGGGGCUAUGCGGUGGGGGCGGAGGCGGCCAUCCUGCUGGGGCAGGAGCAGGACGCCUUCAGGGGCAGCUUCGACGCCCAGCAGUCCUUCAUGGGGGAAAUCUCAGCAGUGUACAUGUGGGACACGGGGAUCUCCACCACGGGGGUGGUGGCGGCCAU